AUGACGGAUUUGCUCAACAAGGAUUUGUGGACAUCUGUUCCUGGACCAACUUAUCCCAAUCGUCAUUUCUUCCAUUGUGCUACUGCUGCUGGCUAUACUGCCAACAAUGGUGCUUUUCUUGGUGUUCCGUGCCGUACAAUCUACGAAAAUAUGGCCGAUCAUGGAAACUCGUACAAGUUCUAUUCUCCUCAACUCAAGUCUACACCACUGUUGUACCGCAAUCUGCGCAACAUUUACAACUGGAUGAGAAUCAAAAACAUGAGCACGUUUUUUGAAGAUGCCAGAGCCGAUUAUCUCAUGCAAGCAAACCAUACGAGUGUAUUUUGGCAGUGCUACAAGUUUGUUGACCAACUCAUGUAUGACGAUAUCAGCACAAACUCGAUUGAUCCAACAGCCAUAUAUACACAUUGUUAUCAGUUACAUCGAGUGAUCGUUCAAAUAGGUCGAUUCAGAUGGGUUGCAUAUAACCGAUUAAUCCAGCAUUCAUCCAUUGUCAAACAACCAUAA